CUGUUCAGAUGCAGACGGAUAACUGGACAUCUAAUACCCAUGUUCAGAAGCCAUGAAUUCCAGAAAAUUACUCUCAGAAACACGGAGAACAUUUCCUGCUACCAAAGUACACUGCCAGCAGCCAUCGCGGAUUCUCAUUGUGGAUGUCACAUCACCUUCCUGGACCAACACUUGUUCUGUACUCUCUGAAGCUCUGGAAAACACACUCUGCUUGGCAUGCAGUUUGACAGGCCCCUGCCGCGUUCCCCUGCUGAGCCUCUACGUGGUGCAGAACCAGCAGGAGUGUCUGCUUCCCUUUACGCAAGUGAAAGAAAACUUUGCACGAAUUCAAGCCUGCAUUUCGGAGCUCCGUUCGCUACCAAGAGAAGGCUGUUUCCCACAGCGGGGAAACGGAGUGGUACAAGCUGUGCAGGAUGGAUUGCAACAGUUCAAACAAUACAGCAGACACACAGCAGCAGGAGGCUCAACAAAUGGUUCUGUUGAGAUAGCAAUUUUGACUAGCCAGUCCAGCAAAGAAAUGGUAAAGCAGCUGGAAAAGAAGUUAAAAGAUGUAGACCUUGUGAGUCUGCGAAGAAUACAAGUCAUUGAAGUUUUGAAGAGAGACUUUCUGGAGCCAGAGGAUGUGGAACAGUGCAUGCCAGCAGAAGAGCCCAGCAGCAAUGAUGUUGCAAUCCUGGGAAUGGACAUUGAUGUGCAAACCAUGGAGGACAAUGUCAUCAGCUUGGAGAUGCUGUUUAAAACAUGGCUACAUGACUAUGGCACAGAGAGAGAACACCUCCAUCUCCUUCUUCCAUCAGGAGGCUUCAGCCAUGCCACUGCACCCAAGACCCCCCUAAUGUGCUUGAAGUGUGAUUUGCAGGAGAGAUUGCUCGACCCAGCUCUACUUUCUGGGGCGGUUGAUGGCACCAUGAGAGCAGCAGAUUUGAAUUCACCCUGCCAGAUGGCGGCCUGGCCAGCUACAGUGCUGUAUAAACUCCGGGUUGUAAAGGCUCUGAAGUCUGAAGGGGUCUGUGAGUCUGUACUGUAUGGCCUGCCCUUCAUCAUCAAGCCCACAAGCUGCUGGCAGCUAGACUGGGAUGAACUGGAGAUAAACCAGCACAGCUUCCAUGCUCUAUGUCAUAGUCUUCUGAAAAGGAAGUGGAUGCUCUUGGCCAGACGUGAGCCACAGAACACUAGUCCAAACUGGAACAUCAUGGUGCAUUCCUACUACAUCAUUGUCCCUUCUGACUCUGCCACUCUACUUGUCAAAGCAGUCGCCAGCAGAGAGCUCUUGCUGCCAUCAACCUUCCCAGCCCUCCUUGCUGAACAUCCUGAGAGAGUGCACGGCCCUAUAGAGAGUGCCCUGAACAGCUUGGAAGUGGAAGUUGCUUAUAACCCCUUGCACCUAAAAAGCAACCUCUACAAAUACCUGAAGAGUACGUUGUACAAACCUCUGCACAGGCCCAGGGACCAGCGACCAGAGCGGCAUCAACCCAAGCAGCAUCAGAGCAGAGCCAAAGCCACGGUGGCGCCCCUUCUGAUGGCUCCUUCUCCUGUCCAAGUGCUCAGACCAGCAGCGGCGAGGAGAGAUUCCUGUGAGCGCUCCCUGCCCUCCAAAGAGUAUGACGAGUUCCUGCAGUGA